AUGAGAAGUGCAAUGGAAGGUGGUGAAAGUGGACUUUAUAAUGGACAUUCUGACAAUUCUUCCACCCAUAAUGGACAACUUACACCCCUGAGUAACACAGCCCUGACCUCACAGUCCAGGAUGUAUCCUCAGACCUGCCAGUCAUUCCCGGGGGGACUGUACCCGACCUCUUGUCAGUCACAUGAAGGUGUGUAUUCCUCUGCUGGUAUCCCGUCCCACAAUGGAUUGCCUCCACAAUAUCCCCCCACCAGUCAGGGAGUGGAGUAUCCAUUCUUUCCACCCCCAUUCAUGAUUUCACAACCUCCAGGAAUGGAGAGAUAUCCGAGCCAGCAUUCUCAGUAUAAUGGAGAACAUUAUCCUCCAAUGAACUUUUACCAAUCACAACAGAAUGAUUAUCCUUCACAUAGCUUGAAUGGAACCUCAGAGUUCAAGCAAGACCCCGCUUACCUGAGAGAUGACAUUGAAAAUCUUCCUGUCAUGUAUGGUGAGCAAAACCAACAACCAGAUAAUCUGCACAUGUCCGAGUCCUCUUAUAGUGGUUCUCCAAAUAGCAACGAUUCUCCAGUUCAAGAUACAAGUUAUGUUCCGAGGGAAAUCUCCAACCAAAUGGAGUUUCAGAGAGCACUUCUACCUCACAAGGAAUCCAGAUCACAUGAUAUGCCUGUGUCUAGUUCCACUGGUCCAGCGGAUGUUUUCUGUCUCGUGGAUGGCCGUCUUUCUCUACUCAGCAGUACCUCGAAGUACAAAGUCACGGUGGCUGAGAUCCAGAGAAGGUUAUCCGCUCCCGAGUGUCUCAAUGCCUCACUUCUGGGAGGAGUCCUCCGGAGGGCAAAGUCCAAAGAUGGUGGCAAGAACCUGCGAGAGAAGCUGGAUAAGAUCGGCCUAGCUCUACCUGCCGGGAGAAGGAAGUCCGCACCCGUGACACUUCUGACCUCUGUAGUGGAGGGGGAAGCCAUUCGUCUCGCUCGUGAUUUUGGAUAUUUAUGUGAAACUGAAUUUCCAUCAAGACAGUGUGCCAAAUAUAAUGUUACAAAGUAUCGUAGCAACAUUCCCGAAGAACAGAUGGCAAGGAAAAACAUGAUCAUUGCCUCAAAACAGAUUUUAAAAGAAUUUAUGGACAUUUUAAAUCAGGACCGUUCCCCCAUAGGAAACUCCAGACCCCAGAAUAUUUUGGAGCCAGAAAUUCAGAAUCCCCUGACCCGAUUCAGUAUGAUUUGUCACGGAUUUGGGUCUCCUGCCAUUGUGGCCUCACUGGCUACUGUACAAACUUAUCUCACAGAGAUGCUGAAACACAUGGAUAAAGAGUUCCCAACCGGGCCAAAGGAAUAAUGACAGUUACAAAGAAUUAAGUGCUUGAUAUUUGUUUUUCUCAAUUUCUGUUGAUUUUUUUUUAACGAUGAAGAAUUUAAUAUUCUUAUCUAUGUUAAGCAUUCAGUAAUAUUUUAUAGAUGUUACUUGCAUUGUACAGUGAUUUAGAGUAUUAAUGAUGGUUGAACGAUAUUUUUUGUACUUAAAUCUGUAAGUAUGGCCAAAGAUUAAUUUGAAUGCUGUUUAGAAUGUGUUUAAAGCUUAAUAGUAUGUUUUUGCACAAUUAAUGAUAUUGAUAUUUAUUUCUUAUUUUAUGAUGAUAUGUUACAUGAAUUA